GGACACGUUGGUGUUUUUUCUGAGCAGGAUGUUUCGGCUGUUACGUUCCCCACCCCCCGGGCGGACCCCCUAUAUCCUGGGGAUCGCCUUGUUGAUGUUCCUCCCUGCGAUCACCCUUCCCGGGGAAGCUACCGAUCCUGGAGCAAGCACCAACGUCAACGCUACCGACGCGCCAAGCAUGAAGGUCCUGCCGACCAUCAGAGUCAUUUCCGGGAACAAGGUUGAAGUGAAAGUGCAGGACGGCAAGAACAUCACGUUCGAGCCGGGGGACCCCAUUGGAAAAAUCUACUUCGGGGAAACCUCCAUGGACGACGUCACCAAGGCGACUGACGCAAUGUCCAGCAAGGUAAAGGAGCUGCAUGAAAAGACCGGGCCGAAAUCUGAAACCGUAACCAUGCUGACCCAAAUGAACGAAAUGCUAAAUCAGCUUGGCUUUUCUACCCGUAAGCCGUAAGAGGCCGACUUAAGCCAGCAUGUGGAAAAUGAGUUCCACUGUUCUCAAGUAUAAUCCUGAACAGAGUAACAAAGCUCUGUCGUAGUGUACGUGCGUCAGUUGGUUAGUUGAAGAGAGCUGACGAGAAGCCGGUAUUUCUUCCAAGGAAUAUCAUGGCUACAUUCUGUGCCCUGAGUCACAGUCUGAAGAAGUAGAGGAAACAGUCGUUUGUACAAGACGAAGGAAAAUUUGUACUGAUUAAACUGUUUU